GGCCUCGUCGCGAUGAAGUGGCUCUCUGGGCUCUCGCGCUUGUUGUGGGCUCUUCAUUUUGAAAUCGAUUGCCAGGACGAUGCUACGACGUCGGUCCGACAGCAGCGGCAAAAAACGCCGCCUCGCCAAGUCGUGUGCGAGCUGUGUUCGCCCGUUUGACGCGUUUCAUUGGAAGUAUCGGUGCACGACGUGCGAACGAGUCAUUUGCCGCGACUGUACCGUCAAAGUGACGUGGACCAAGCGGGUGUGCUGGAAGUGCGUGGUCGAUGCGCAGACUCGAGCGCAGACACGUCACCACGUCAACAACAACGACGACCCGGAUCCUGUCGAGCAAGCCGUCCCUAUCCUCGACGUCACGGAGGAGUCGACAUGCUUCUUGCCCAUUCCGACGGGAACGGACCCCAGCCACCUCGACAAAUUCGCGCCGCUGACCCCGACGACAACCAACGACUCGGACGGGGACCAGGCAACGUACUACUACACAGACACGUUGCGAGGCAGUCAGUACGGCGAGUCGAGGGUCGAUUCGUUCUUGGAGGACGGCGGUCUCCGCGUCUCGGCCAAGAUUUUGAACGACCCAGACGAUCUGUUUCGGUGCUCACACAAGCUCUCAAGUCGGUCGUACGAUUCGCCCGACCUCGACUUUGACUGGAUCCAUCCGUUUCCGAAAGCGCCGCGGCCGGCUUCGGACGCAUCGCGCCUCGACUGCCUCGACCGCCUCGACAUGGAGGCCCACAUCCACGUGCUCCAACACGACCAAGUCAUCGCCAAGCACGUCCAGGACGCCAUGCGCGUGCUUGGCAACGCCCCUAUCGGUUCCAUGCACAUCGUGUUUGAACACGUUGUGUACAACCUGGCAUGCACCGGGUACAGCGCCGUGUUUGACAUGGCGGACAAGACUGUGCGGGAGGAGGCGGCUUGCACCCACGGCAUCCUGCAUCCGACGCCUCUCGUUGUCCUCGACACGUCCAACGACGCGCGAUUCCGAGCGCAUCCUCUCGCCGUCGAGCACAACGCGUCGGCGUAUGUGUCAGUGCCAGUAUUUGUGUCGUCGUCGCUGCAUAAGGAAUGCAUCGGGACGAUUGACAUUGCACGCCACGAGCCUCUGUCGGUGGCCCCGUCCGCUGCGCAACUCAAAGCCCUUCAAACCCUCGUGACCAGCCUUGGCAUGCACAUCGAGCGAAGAUGUGCCGAAUUCAGCCAAGUCCACCACACAAACCGCGGACGUCGCCACACGGCACCGAUUGUAACAAUCGACGAAGACGUCGUGAUCUCUUCUACAAAGCCGCUGCUUCCGACCUCCGCCAUGGAUCUGCACGAGGUAACGACGGACCCCAACGAAAUAUUGCUCGAGCUGUGGGAACGCGUCAUGCAAACGUCGCGGAUGCUGCGCGCGACUGUGUCUCGCUGAUUCAGACGCGUCCACGACAAAGUUGGACCGCUGCGCACGAACGACAUCAACUAGCAACUGCCCUCCGGUCGGCAGCCGACCAGUGGCUCGCGGUCUCGAUCGCGGCGCCGCCAGCUACCUAUUGACGUAGGUCGAGGGCCGUGAUAACUUAAUCCAUGUGUCGGGUUCUAGCAA